ACCUCCGCCCCCGCUGCUCCCUCCACCUCGGCCGUUCCUGUGACCACCACUGCUGCCCCCUCCACCACUUCCGCCGUCGCCUCCAGCAGCGCCAGCGCUAGCAGCUCUGCCACUCCCGUCCCCACCGGCGUCAGCGGCAAGCAGAUGGGCAUGACCUACUCUCCUUACACCAACGAGGGUGGCUGCCAGUCCAAGGACCAGGUCCUCAAGGAUAUUUCCGUCAUCAAGCAGAAGGGCUUCAGUCACGUCCGUGUCUACUCCACUGACUGCAACGGUCUCGAGUACAUCGGUGAGGCUGCCCGUCAGAACGGCCUCAAGUUGAUCAUUGGUGUCUUCAUCUCCAGCACCGGCAUCAGCGGUGCCCAGGAGCAGGUGACCGCCAUCACCAAGUGGGCCCAGUGGGAUCUCGUCACCCUCGUUGUCGUUGGUAACGAGGCCAUCCAGAACGGUUACACCGAUGCUUCCAGCCUCGCUGGCUUCAUCUCCUCUUGCAAGUCCGCCUUCCAGGCCUCUGGCUACUCGGGCCAGGUCACCACCACCGAGCCCAUUAACGUCUGGCAGCAGUCUGGCAGCGCUCUGUGCGGUGCCGUUGACGCCGGUACCUUCGUUCGUUCCCAGAUCAAGGACCUCGAGGCCGUCUGCAACAAGGACGUGAUCAACCUUGAGACCGGCUGGCCCAGCCAGGGUAGCGCCAACGGUAAGGCCGUCCCCGGUACCGCCCAGCAGGCCGCCGCUAUCAAGGCUCUCGUUGAGGAGGUCGGCUCCCAGUCCGUCUUCUUCUCCUACUCCAACGACCUCUGGAAGGAUGCCGGCGAGUUCGACGUCGAGCGCUACUGGGGUUGCAUCAGCCAGUUCAACUAA